UCCUUGGGUUGUGCCUGGUUUACUCCUUCUUCAUCCCCAAAUGAGACACAGCUUGCUUACAAGGUUGCUUUUGCAGAAGACGAGCAGAACAUUUCAUGGCAAUGCCAAAAGUUGGGGUCCAGAGCAUUUGAAUCCAGGGGAUCCCCAUGAAGUUUCUAAGUGGAGAGCUUUGUUGAAAAAGGAGUUGGCAAUUAAAGUUCCCGAAGAGAGAAAAACCGCCUGCAUAUACAGGGUCCCUGUAAAUAUGCGUGAGGUUCAACCCGAAGCUUAUGCUCCCAGUAUCAUCUCAAUCGGUCCGUACCAUCAUGGAGAGGGAAGAUUACGAGAAAUGGAAGAGCUGAAAUGGGAAUUCUUUCACCGCCUCUUUCGUCCAAAACGGCCUAAUGGGGUUGAACUAGACAAAGUGAUGAACUCGGUGCAAGAAUUGGAACAGGUUGCUCGUGGGUGCUACUGGGAUAAAGCUGAACAACAUAGCAAGGAUAAAUUUGUUAAGAUGAUGCUCGUUGAUGGCUGCUUCAUUGUCGAGCUCUUCAGAGAGUUGAAGCAGAACAACUUCCGUCAUGCUCGCCCUGUUAAAAGAUGGAUGCUGCCUACUCUUCGCCGAGAUUUGAUCAUGCUUGAAAACCAACUUCCUCUAUUUGUUCUGCAGACAUUGUUUGAUUUAACCAGAAGAUCAGGAGAGUCAACCACAUCUUUGGGAGAGCUUGCCCUUCGUUUUUUUAAUCCUCUAUUACAAAGGGAGUCAGACUGGGAUGUGAGAAUCAGCUCACGUGCGGAAACGCACCACUUUCUUGACCUUUUCAGGCUCAGCAUCCUCCCAAGAUACUUAUCAGAGGCAGAGGAAACCGGCAAAGCAGCAAAGAGUACAACAGAAGAAGGAAUUAAUGGAGAGGAAACUGGCAAGACAAUUGAUUACCGCAAAGCAGCAGAGAAUACAGCAGAAGAAGGAAUUAAAACUAGCAAGACACGCGACUCGAGCAACACAAUAAUGAAUACAGCAGAAGAGGGAAUUAGUGGGGCGGAAACUGACAUGAUGCGGUCCAUGACGGAGCUGAUGGAAGCUGGUGUCAUCAUUGAGAAAGGUGUUAAUUGUCCUCCACUGGAUGUUCGGUCUGAAGGAAGGUUGCUGAAAAUCCCUCCUCUGUAUAUCGAUGAUUACAAGGGAACACUAUUUCGUAACCUGGUAGCCUAUGAACAAUGCCAUCCACAGUGCAAACCAGAUGUCACAUCGUACUUGUUCUUCUUCGACGGGCUAAUUAACUCAGCUCAUGAUGUGGAACUUCUUCAUCACAAAGGGGUUCUCCACCAUUCUUUAGGUAACAACAAAGAAGUGGCAAGACUCGUCAAUGGCCUCUGCAAGGAAAUUGCAAGGGAUGCAUGGGAGUCCUACUUACACGAAGUGGUGUCUGAUGUUAAUUCUUACUAUGAUACCGUUUAUGCUAGGAUUAGAGCAAGGCUGGUGCACCAUUACUUCAGCAGCUGGGUGGUUGGGAUCUCAACUUUUGGAGCUAUCAUAGUCCUUUAUCUCACCUUAAUUCAGACCGGCUAUGGAUAUGUGGACGACCCGCAGAGGCUUGAGAAACCAUUUCACCAUUACCUAGUAGAUUGCCUGAUUCUGCCCGUGUACCAUCUAUUUACCUUCAACAACAACCAGAUAAAUUCUAAGCCUGAGUCAAACGAUGAUUCUGAGAUAGGACAUCAUUGGAUGCUUUUAAUUUGAUGUACUUUUGCUGUUUUUAUCAUUCAUUAAUAAUCAUUUUGUUU